AUGUUUGAUAUCUAUCUGGAGAUAGCUGAGAGAGUGGUAGGGACCGCCGUGAUGAAUCCGGCCGGAGUGACUCGGCUUCUCCUUCAGCUCCUGGUCUUGGCUUCGUGUGCCGGAGCCCAAGCAACGUCCAACAUCAGCCUGCGCACGUUCGUCGGCUGCGCGGUGCGAGAAUUCACUUUCCUGGCCAAGAAGCCCGGGUGCAAAGGCUUGCGGGUCACCACCGACGCCUGCUGGGGGCGCUGCGAGACCUGGGAGAAACCCAUCCUGGACCCGCCGUACCUGGACGCUUAUCACCGAGUCUGCACCUACAACGAAACCAAACUGGUCACCAUAAAGCUGCCGAACUGCGUCCCGGACGUGGAUCCUUCCUUCACCUACCCCGUGGCGAUCCGGUGUGACUGCGGCGUCUGCUCCACCACCACCACGGAGUGCGAAACCAUCUGACCUCCCUUCUUCGGGGCGCAUGGAACUGUUUUUAGCGCCGUUAAAGCUGCUGUCCCACUGAGACAAAACGUGAAUCGCUUUCCCCAGCGUGCUAAGCCAAUAAAGCUUAACCGAUCUGUCCAUUUGUUCAUUUUUUUUUGUAUUUUUGAUCGUUUCCAUAGCUACAACCUAUCAGUGCCUGCUUUUGUGUCACAUGAUGAUUAAGUGUUCCCAGAGUAAAAGCAAAUGAGGCAAAA